AUGCCGUCUUCGUCUGAUGAAGAAAGACCUAAAACCACAGAUUUAUCAUCCAAACUUGAUGACCCAAGUCUCAAUCCAAGAAAUCCCUAUUACCUUCAUCCUGGAGAAAACCCAGGUGCCACCAUUGUUGCUCCUCCAUUGGAUGACAACAAUUACCACAACUGGAGCAAAUCUAUGCGGCGCUCCUCAAAGAACAAACUUUCAUUCAUCAAUGGCGCUCUUCCCAGACCCUCUCCCACCAACCCUGAUUUCGAGCUAUGGGAUCGUGCCAACAGCAUGGUUAUUUCAUGGAUUAACCGCACUCUCUCUCCGCACAUUGCAAAGAGCACCAUUUUCUUCAACUCUGCGCACGAUCUUUGGGAGGACCUCAGAGAAAGAUUCACCAAAGGUAAUCAUUUUCGUUUCUCCAAUCUUUUACGCGAUUUGCAUUCAAUUCAACAAGGAGAUCGAUCUUUAUCAACAUACUUCACUGGUCUCAAGAUCCUUUGGGACGAAUUGGAUGAUUCGCGUCCAUCCCCAUCCUGUUCAUGCUCUGUACCUUGCACUUGUGACCUAGCUAAGGCCGUGCGAACCUACAAACACAUGGAGUAUGUGACCUUCUUUCUGAAAGCUUCAUCUCUUACUCCCACUGUGCUUGCUGCAAAUUCCAACUCUAAACCUAAAGGAAAACCAUCCUCCAAAACCCCUAUUUUGUGUACUAAAUGCAGUAAAACAAACCAUACUAUUGAAAACUGUUAUUUCAAGCAUGGUUUCCCUCCUGGAUAUCGUUCCAAGAACUCCACAACUAUAGCUGAUUCCAAUACCCUUAUUACUUCAGACACAGAGUUCUCUCUUUCAAAACUAGACUAUCAGCACCUCCUGCUUUUACUUCAACAAUCAAAGAAGGAUAAUCCAAAUCCCAAGCCAUCCAACUCUGAUGUUGCUGUCAUUUCAGGUAUAGCACCUACAGCUAAGCAAACUAAGCUGCCUUUCCCUACAAGUAAUUCUACUACUACUAAGUGUUUUGAUCUUGUUGAAGGAUAG